AGAUUGUCGCUUCUCCUCUGCUUUUGUAACUUUAAGCAGUAAGGUUCCAGGAGAAGUUUGAACACGUUCACGGCCGCAGCUUUUGAGCUCUAGCUGGCUUUCCUUGCAUGUCUCGGUCUUGAGCCUUCCCUGAGCAGAGUAGCACAAAAGGCACCGUAAGGCGACCACUUCACGUCCGGAAGCAGUCAACGAUCUCAGAACCUGACUUUUCAGUGCCCCAGGGAUUGGGUUUGCUAGCAAGUUGCUUGCAGUGAUUUCGGUGCAGAGGUGGUGCUGCAACAUCAGAGCUUAAUUGCACAGUUGCAAAGAAAACCCUGCUCACAGCAUUGCAUAGUCUCAUAGCCACUCCAGAUGGCGUCCACUUUCGCCUUGCCCCAGGCGACAUGCAGUCUCACUGCCCCCGCUCUGUCCAACCCAAGGGCAACAGAAGUUUCUGAAAUUCACUGUUCGUCCAUGUCCUCAAAGAGCCUGCAUUUCAAAAAUAGGUGCCUGAUCUCUCACAAACCCAGCGUCAAACCCAGUGUGAAACUUACGCGGUUUAGGCAGCAGCAAAGGGUUGGGACGAAGAUCAGGGCGUCGAGCAGCAACCAGCAGGUACAGGAGGAGAAGAAAGAGAGCGCUGAUGAAGGGGAGGAGCCGGUGUUCAACUUUGACACUUCUCCCCAAGGGCGGGAUCGAGGCGUCUUUGGGAAGUGGGUAUACGACAACUUUAUGGCGAAGCAGACGAAGGAAUACAAGCUGGCGCAGAUGGUUGAGUACCAAAAGGCAGGGAACACCAAGGUGCGCACCUGGCUGGGGGAAGAGUUUGCCUAUACGUCCUGGAUCGAGGUGUUUCGGAGUUUGAAGAAGAGCGGUCUGAAGCAGGUGGAAGCGACCGAAGCCCACGAGCUGGCGUCGCAAGGAAAAGCCGUUCUCAUCGACGUUGCAGAGUCCCAGGACUACGCUCGGAUUCACGCCGCUGGAGCUGCCAGCGCGCCCCUUUUCCGACUUAUCCAAGGAAGCGACUUCAAGUCCAAUCUGAGGCGAUUAGGCUAUGCGAUGAUCACAGACUUCGCUGGCACCGAACGGAAUCCGGAGUUCGCGGCGAAGGCCCUGGCAGCAGCCAGCGGAGACAAGAGCAAGCCGCUGAUCGUCUACUGCCAAAUCGGGGGCGAUUUGGAGACCGAAGUCGUCGUGCGGAGCGGCAAGAAAGAGAAGCGGUACAAGGACCCGGAGAGGACGUUCGGGCGGCAGUCACGGUCUUUGAAAGCCGUGUACGAGCUUCAGCAAGCAGGCUUUACGAACAUCCGGCACAUGAAGGGGGGCCUCAGCCAAUGGUCGCACAUUGGCCUUCCUUUGGAAGCCUCCGAGUGAUGCAACAGUUUACGGGCCAAUCACACAGCAGUGCUGGACACUUCUUAAAGAGAUUGAGGCUUUAUGCUCGCAUUGAGAGUUGCAAGUCAGUCAUACCACGAGGAAAAGACACGCGUUUCAAUAUUAUCGGGUACCAUCGUGUUCUGCAGCCCCGCUCUCAAGAGCUGUUGUGCUUCAACCUUAUUCAUAUGCGUGAUUGGAGAUUAGGCUAGGUUCGGAGUGCACGCACGGACAUCACUGACUCAUCCUGAACGUGCUUCUACAUGAAGAUGUCAGUUCAGCAACCUUGUCCUAUCCUGGACUUGGGAUAUCAUGCCAGC